AUUUAUAUGGUUUAACUGGUACAUUAGGUGGGAAAAGUUCACAAAAAUUUAUAAAAAAAGUUUAUAAUAUUGAUGUUGUUAUUGUACCAAAAUAUAUUGAUAGUAUAUUUGAUAUUUAUCCAAAUCAAUUUGCUGAUAAUCGUCAAUUAUGGUUAGAAAAAAUUCGUAUUGAAUGUCAUACUAUAGCUAUUACUAAUCAUCGAGCUGUUUUAAUUAUUUGUCAAACUAUACGUGAUGCAAAUGAUGUUCAAUCUUAUUUAAGUUCUCAACAUUCAAAUAUAAAACUUUAUCUUCGAAGUGAUGAACAUACAAAACCAGAAGAAGUUCAUCCAGAUGAUGUAAUUGUUGCAACAAAUUUAGCUGGACGUGGAACUGAUUUAAAAGUUCUAACAUCUGUUGUUGAUUGUGGUGGUUUACAUGUUAUUGUUACAUUUAUGCCAAAUAAUUCACGUGUUGAACAACAAGCAUUUGGUCGAGCUGGACGACAAGGACAACCAGGUUCGGCAAGAUUAAUUAUUUAUAAAGAAUAUAAUAAUAUGAUAUCAUAUAGUUCGGAGGAUGAAAUUCAAUUAGUAGAAUAUUGGAAAAAAAAGAGAGAUAAAUUUGAAAAAAAUAAUAUGAAUGAAGCAAUUAAAGAAGUCAAUCGAAUUGAAGCAAAAGAUCGUCUUCUUGUUCGUUUUCUUGAUGUUAUUCAUUCACGUAAAGAUGAUCUUCCAUUUACUGACGAUAUAUUACAACCAGGUUUUAGUUCACUUCGUGAAUUAUGGAGUUCAUUUUGUGAUCAAGAUGCAUCAACAGCUGAUGAACGUUUUCCAGUAUUUGCAAAUGAAAUCGAACAAAAACUUGAAUUAGCUAUUACAACUAUGAAAGAAACAUUAUCACAACCAUAUACUUCAUUUCCUUGGCACAGAGAUAAUGAACAAUAUCGUACUGUACAUACAGCUAAUGCAACAUGUGAUGCUCUUCGUCAAUUGAUUGUUCAUCCAAAAUAUUUAAUUAUGGCAGGUAUUAAAAUGUUAUGUAUGAAAAAUGUAUUUGAAAGAGAAAAGCGUGCAUUAACAUUAUAUCAACAAGCAAUAAAUCUUGAUAAACAAGAUUUUAUUCUUCAUUAUAAUAUGGUAUUAUGUUAUAUAAAAAAUGAUCAAAAUUCAAUAAAUGAAGCAAUAAAAGAAUUGAAUAUAGCUGUAACAUUACUUAGUAAUGAAAUUGAACGACGUAAAUUUCUUCAAAUUCAUGAUGAAUUAUCAACACAAACAUCUGUUGAUAGAUCAUGUAUAGCUGAACUUGUCUAUCUUGAACAUGUUCAUUCAAUACUUAGAGCUAGUCAAGUUCAAUUAUGUAAAUUUGAUGAAGAUAAACAUGAAAUAACCUGUCGCAGUGAAAGUUGGGAAGUAACAUUAUCAAGUUUUGAGAAUACACAUUUUAACGCAAUUAAAAAAGAAAUUUAUGCUGAAUACCAAGAAUGGUAUAGUGAAGGUUUAGUGUGGGCAUUUAUAUUUGAAAUUGAACCUAAACGAUGCUGGUGGAAAACAAUAUUUAUUUUUGUGAUGGGUAUUGGACAAAUUGUUGGUGGAGCCUUUUUAUGUCUUGCUGAUCAAUGGAAGUUAGGCACAUUAAUGGUUCUUAAUGAAACGUUUGAUAUUUAUACAGCUGUUGCUACAAAAAUUACUAAUGAUUUUGAUCUUGUCAAUUAUUUUCAACAAAAAGUAAUUACUUAUGGACUAAAUUUAUUAUGUAUAACAUCAACUGUAAGUAAUCUUGUUAGACCAAUUUCAUCAAUAGAACACGUUGGAAUAGUUGGUGUUGCCGCUGAUAGUAUUCAUCAAUUAUGUACAAAAGGAUUGGAUAUUAAGACAUUAACAAAUAUUACUUUAAAUAGUAUGAAGAUAGCUGAUAUUAAUAAACAUGUAAUUGAUUUUCUUAAACAAAUACCAGAGCAAUAUAAAAAUAUUGAAGCUUUAAUUUCGAGUGAUUUCGAUCAGAUAAUAAAUCAAGGUACAUCAUUGACAGUUAAUCAAUUUUUAGGUAUGGUAGAUAAUGAUUCCUUAUUUGGAGGAAAAACAAAAGAAAUAUUUCGAAUUGUUCAACGUCAUACACCACGCAUGAAAUAUAUUUAUGAUGGAAAUAAUAAAGCGUUGGUUUCUUAUGCACUUAAUACGAUGGAUGAUAUAUUACCUAAUGUACCAAUAAUAGAUACAUUAUGUUUAGCAUUACCAUAUACUCUUAAUAGUAUUGUCAAAAAAGAAAUCUUUGAUAUUAAUAGUUUGUUUCUAUCAAUCAUUAGACAAAUUAAUUCUAAGAAUGAAGAACAUAAAUUAGAAACAUUAGAUAUUGUACAAAAAGUUUUAUAUUCAUCAGAUAAAUGGACUACAUUUGAGCAAAAUAAAGAUAAACUAAAUACUGAAAUUUGUCAAUUACUUCAUCCUGCUAUCGAACGUGAACAAAAACUUCUUGAUGAAUAUCAACAAAUAAUGAAUAAUCCUCAAGUUCUUGGUGGAUAUUGUCAAAUCUUUAAAUUUUCUAAUGUUACCUUUGGUACAAUACAAAAUAAACCAAGAAAUUUACGAAGAGAAAUUCGAAGAGAACAAACAAAUAAUCGUUUAUUAACACAAACUAUAAUUGCAUUUGUUGAUGAAUUAAGUAAAAAUUCAAGUAACACAACAAACAGUUCAAAAAAAGUAACAGAUGUAUUUAAAGAAUAUCUUAGCGAUAGCAUUAUUCGACCUAUCAUCGAGAAUGCAUGUGAACAAGAAAUGGAUACAAAUGAUGAAAAACUCACAGAUAAAUUUACAAAAGCAUUGAUAUAUAUACAAGAACAGCAAAAAGAAUUCGAUAGAACUUAA